UAUACAUGACUUACUUCGAACUUUGGGAAACAAAUCAACAGCGGCAACCCCUGCCCAGUCGAAAAUAUGCCUCAUCCAAAGUUGCUCAGUUCCAUCCCAUUUUUCUAUAGUUCCAAGCCCUCAUAAGUCACAGAUGGAAGAACUGCUGCUGAUCAAGAAGCACAUGUGGUCCAUUGGUGGUUUUGCGGAUCACUCCCUUCCCGAAAUACUCGGCGAUCACAGAAACCCCAUCCUUUGAACUUUUAACUUGCUGAAGAACAAAUCCUGAAUCGUGUAAAUCGAAAAAGGAAAAGAAAAGGAGGUCAAGUUUGAAUUAGUUUUUAUACUUCCAACCGUGUUGAAUUUGGGUAAAUAUGGGGUUCUUUAUAAUGUUCAACGAAUCGACCAAGGGUUUAAAUACGAGGGAUGUUUUAUAGGUUUUAAUGGCAGUAUCAUCAGAUUUCAACAUGCUCGAGAAGGCCUUGAGUGUCCAGGAGUCCUACACUGCUGCUGAUCUCGAAAUGUGGGGUUUAGAAUUUGAACCCAAGCCUGACUCUCUCCUGAUUUACUAUUUGUUCAACAAGCUCAUCGGAAAGCCACUUCCAACGGUAGAGAUGAUCAAACACCUUGUCUCCGGGAAGAAGAAUUUUCCGGAUCCCACUUUUAUACCGCCGGAAAACUUCUCUUUUGGAUCGGAAAAGAACAAAGCGUUCUUUUUUGUUCCAUUCGUGGAUGAAGAGGCUGAUUCUUCCCUGAGGUUCACUGUUCGGGGGAGCUUUUGGCGGUUUUCUAGUGAGAAGAGUAUUAACCAUCUUCACAAUGGUGAAGAGGUUCGUAUCGGGACUGCAAGAACCUUUAUCUUUUUUAAGAAUAUACAAGAGGAGGGUGGUUAUGAGAUGGUUGAAUAUAAGCUUCUGAACUCUAAGGCCCUUGGAAUCGAUCCAAGGCUAAUACAUUCAAGAUCGUUCAAUGAUCUGCUCCAACUCUACUCCAUCGUUGCCAUUACAUGCCAUGACGGCAAUUUGGAGAAGAUCAAGAAGGGUAUCGUGGCCCCUGCGCUGCUUACUGGUGGAGGUCAUCAGAUUAUUCUGCCUCCCGAUGCCGACAUUGGAGCCAAGGGAUCCAUUGCUCCGCUUAUCGACCACAUCUCAGGCAACCCAGACAGCCCAGCUCCAAGUCCCGCUCCUCAACUUGGAUUAUUUGGACUAGAAACGGUUUCCAUUCUUGCACGCACCACGGGGGCUGCUGGGGAAGCUUCCACCUCCUAAGUCAGCAAAAUUUUUGUAGUUAUCAGAUAUGUUUUUCAAUUUUGUUUAGCUGUUUGGUCGAGUUGUGCCUUUUGUGUUCUGCAUGCAUGAUUGUGUUUGUGCAGCGAGACAAGAAAACUAUGAAUUUGAAACCGUGGUUCUGUAGUUUUGUUAUGUUCAGAUGUUCAUUUUCUCGGUGAACCCUCAUCCUGCCAUUUGAAAUU